AUUGGUGCACUAUCUGCGAAAAGUGAUGGCACGGGUCAAAAUGACGAUGGCGAGCUAACGUUCCUGGGCCGAGUGCUGGCCCACCUGCCUGUGGACCUGUGCCUGGGGAAGAUGAUUGUCCUGGGACACAUCUUCGGCUGCCUGGACGAGUGCCUCAUCAUAGCUGCCUCGCACUCUCAGAAGAGUUUCUUUGCCAUACCAUCCAUGCAGCAGCUGGCCGGCCACAGGAGCAAGUUGGCCUUUGCGCAAGGCGCGCAAAGUGAUUCUAUAAGUUUCGUCAAUGCCUUCAAGGCAUGGCACUCAUCCAAAAAGAAAGGACAGCUGAGACAUCCAAAGGAUGAGCUGGACUGGGGAAAGGAGAACUUCAUUCAGAUCAAGAGGAUCAAGGAGGUUGCAGAGCUGUACGAGGACCUGAAGAAGCGUGUCUCCCAGUUCAACAUACAUGUGCCGCAGAGCCCUCAAACCUUGGAUUACACCGGCGCACACAGGCAGAAGUUCAUUCUUCAGGUGGUCAUUGCUGGUGCCCACUACCCUCACUACUUUGUCCAGGGAGAAAUAGAUGAAGACCUGGCCUCCAGAGAGUUGAGUGGUUUCAACCCCAGAACAACAGUGAUGGUGAGGAACCUCCCUCCAUACUCUUUCCUGUACUACAAGCAGCUGCAGUCUCUGUUCCGUCUGUGUGGACAGGUCAAAGCCAUUUCCUUUGACAGCUCCAGAGCAUAUGUGGAGUUCUACAGGACGUCCCAAGACUCGGGGGUGCUGCCUGAGGUGUCUCUGGCCCUCCUCCUGCCACAGCAGAGUGCUCCCUUGGAGCUGUCUGUCUUCCCCAUCGAACAAAUAGAGAUCUUGGCUGAGGGUAGAAGCAUAACUCACAUGAAAGCUGCACGGGUGAAUGUCGACUUCCAGAACCAGACUGUCUGCCCGGUGGGAGUGGUUUCUGGGGCCGUUGACCCUGAAAAGUUACCCCCCAACCACUUGUUUGUGGUCAACGUCACAGAGGUGGUGGAGGUGGGUCAUUUCUGGGGUUUCCAGGCAGAUGAAGCCAGCCUGGCCAAGCAGCGCCGCCUGACAGCAGAGAUAAACUCCUGCACGCUGCAGCCGGUGACUGUGUCUCUGUACCCCAACCUGCUGUGCCUGGCUCCCUACUCUGAGACCAAUGAGCAGAACAUGUACUACCGAGCCAAGAUCCUGCACAUGCGCGGCACCACAGUGGAGGUGUUCUUCUUGGACUUUGGCAACACUGGGGUUGUUUCCUGCAGCGGCCUCAGGGAGCUACCUCCUAAUCUUCAGUCUCACCCAUUCCAGGCUCAGGAGUUCCAAGUUACUGCGAUGCGUCCGUCAGCUCAGUCCAUCAUCCUGGGGAACCAGUGGAGCAGCCGAGCACGCGACCGCUUCAUCACGCUGGUGAAGGGCCGCUCGCUCGUCGUGUCGCUGUACUCCAUCCUGCACGGGGUCAUGCGUGUACAGCUGCUCAUCGACACAGAGACCUCCAACACCAGCGCUGUGGACAUCUUGGUGGAAGAAGAACAUGCCAUGAAGGCCGAGGAGAGCUUCGAUUCAAAGCAAAACCAUGAGAUAAUAAUGUCCCUGUACAAAGACAUGGAGAGAGGAACGUAUGUCCCCAACGCUGCCAGCAGCUCCUGGAAUGAUCGCAAGAGAGAGGAGAAGGAGAUCAUUGACGACCUGCUCACCCACUUCGCCAAGGGCCGCCAUUCCAAGACCAAGGUUAAUCUGUACGGUCCACACAGUCCCAAUAAGAUAAGCUUCUACAGCUUGAGCCACAGAACCAGCUACAAGACAGUGUGUAUUGAGAGAAGCAGCAUCAACUCGUUGGCCCUGAAUGACAGCCCUCACUACAAACAUCAGAGGAUGCUGGUGGCUGGGAGUGUGUCAGUCAACGCCACAGGGACACGUAUUCUACUGAGAGAAACCACCAUGAUGCCAGACGUCCCCGGACUGCCUGCGCUCCUCACCAUGCUCUUCACGCCCAUCAUGGAGCUACGCACUGAUGAAGAGAGGACCUGCUACACCGGCGCCCUCUGUGGCUUGGGCUGGUACGGCCAGAAACAGGAGGGCAUCCUAGCGGAGCAUGACAUCGAACUCGCCUUCGAUGUCAAAUUUGAUGUUGAAGACAUCACUGAGAUAAAUGCUUUGCGAGUGGCUGUGAACCGCCUCGUCUGUGAAGGGCCCAAUGGCACCAUUCAUCUGGGGCCCGAUAGGAUCAGCCAGCUGCAGGAGGACUGCCGGGACCGCCUCAUAAGGCUGUUCACCAAGUCGCCUCCAAGAGAAGAAGGCCCUCAAGUGUUCUUCGAGAAACCAGAGAAAUGGAACCAGGUGGAUCCUGCUCUGAAGAUGGACAUCGUGGAGCCUGAAGGAGGAAAGACCGGAAGAGUCCUCUUCCAGCUGCAUUCUGUCACUCUGCUCAACAGCUGAAUAGUUGCUGUUCUCCUUCCAUUUGUGUUCAAACAGAACUGAUUCCUAUGUUGUGCUUUUGACAGUUGCCUGGAAUUUUUAUAUACUUAUGUUCAGAGGAGUAUAUCUUUUUUUUUUAAGUUCAAAUGAGUGUGCCUUUUAUCUGCACAGGAAAAUCCUCAAUCCUCACUGAGUUGGAGUUGUAAUCCCCCGUUUAAAUACAUGACAAGCUGCUAAUAAGAAAUGUAAAGCUCAUUCAUGUGAAAGCUCCUGUAUAGCACUCUGUUACAGCCCUUCAGCAGAGGUCUAUUAAAAAGAGUUGUGUGCAACAGAUGAGGCUUGUCAAUCAGUGUUCA